AUGACGAGACACCUGACAGAUGACCCUGUGACCAGGUUCGUUGCUACCCUGCCUGAUGAAAUUCGUCCUGGACCCGAUUUCCAUGGACUUCCAUGGGAACCUGUUAUUAUCACUGCCUUAGUGGGAAUUGCCACGCUUGCUAUAAUUUUCUGGAGAACCUGCCUUUCAGUAAAGAGUAGAAUAUAUCAAGUGACUGAAAAGCAACUUGCUGAAAAGAUAAAAAACCUUCUCCAAGAAAAAACCGAAAUCUUAGAAAAAAUGUCGGAAUAUGAUCAAAAGAUAAAGGAAGCAAAGGAAUCUGUGAAAGUGGCCCAAGAACAAAAAGACAUUCUCUCUGAUGAAACUGCAGGGCUUAAGGACACUGUCAAAGGACUGGAAGAAGCAAAUCGUCAGCUAGAUGACAAAGUAAAAAGUCUGCACACAAUGCUUGAAACAGAGAGAAAAAAGAAUGAGAAGAAACAGAACAAGAUCUCUGAAACCCAGAAGUCCUUGGAGAAACUUCAAGAGGCUAUCAGUGUGCAUUCUGUAGAGCUUUCAGAGGUGCAGAUAGCCCUUAAUGAAGCUAAACUAAGUGAAGAAAAGGUGAAGUCUGAGCUUCAUCAUGUGCAGGAAGAGAAUGCUAGACUGAAAAAGAGCAAGGAGCAACUGUUAAAAGAAGCUGAAGGUUGGAGUGAGAGGCAUACUGAGCUCAGCGAGCAGAUCAAACUGUAUCAGAAAUCUCAGAAGGACAUAGAAGAAGCACUUGCCUACAAGGAAAACGAAAUUGAAGUUUUAACUAACUGCAUUAUGCAGCUGAAGCAGCUCGACAUGGAUUCGGCAUCUGAGGCCAAGAAGGAUGGCGAAGGGCGUGAAUGGAGCAUGGGAGACAUGGGAGACAGCCUGGCCAAUGGAGAGUUGCCAGAUAUUGAGAGUGAGAAGAUGAAGACUCAGAUUAAGCAGAUGAUGGAUGUCUCCAGGGUAAAAACUAUGUUAUCCAUAGUUGAAGAAGACAGAAAUCUUCUGCAAUCCAAACUGAGUGAUGAAGUAACAGCAAGACAUGAGCUGGAAGAGCAGAUAAAAAAAUUAGAACAUGACUCCUGUUCGCUCCAGUCAGCCAAAGCUCGACUGGAAAACGAAUGCAAAACACUACAGCAGAAAGUGGAGAUUCUUGGUGAACUUUACCAGCAGAAGGAGAUGGCGCUCCAGAAAAAACUAACCCAGGAAGAGUAUGAGCGACAGGAGAAAGAGCAGAAAUUGUCUGCUGCAGAUGAAAAAGCCGUGCUGGCCAUUGAGGAAGUGAAAGUUUACAAGCAAAGGAUCCAAGAUAUGGAAGAAGAAUUGCAAAAAACAGAGAGAUCUUACAAAAACCAGAUUGCUGCUCAUGAGAAAAAGGCACAUGACAAUUGGCUUAUUGCCCGCUCUGCUGAGAGAGCUCUGGCUGAAGAAAAAAGAGAAGCAGCCAACCUAAGACAAAAAUUAAUAGAAGUAAACCAAAAAAUUGUCAUGCUUCAAAGACCAUUAAUUGUAAAGCCAACUCCAGGCAGACCCGAUCGCCAAGUCCCACCGCGACGAGGGCCCUUAAGCAGAGAUGGCUCUUUUGGCCCAUCACCUGUGAGUGGAGGAAAUCCAUCACCCACACAGAUGAUAGAAGCUCCUGCUCGGCCCCUUUCUGCUCCUCGAAGGGAAGGCUCAAGAGGUGAAUUUGGUACAGUGGUAGAUGGCCCCCCUGCUCCACGAAGGCCACCAGAGUUACCUGGAAGGAUGUCUGUUCCUGAUCUUGGGCCUGCUGUAGCGUCCCUGAUCGGUAGUGGGCCAAGAACCUCCUCCCCUUCCACAGCAAUGGAUGGAGUGGCUAAUGCUAGUCCCAAAGGCCCACCUUCUUUCCCUGGGACACCCAUCAUGACCUCCCCAGUGAUGGGACCUCCGCCUCCACCACCUGUUCGCUACGGACCGCCGCCAGCUCCUCUCCGUGGGCACUUUGGGCCUCGACCUCUUCCUGUGCCCCUAGUUCGUGGUGCUCCCUUGCCACCUCCAGCUGCGAGAGAUUUCUUACCCGGCCCACCCUUGGGAAUGCGAGACCUGCCUCCUGGCCCAUUUCCACCACCUCCAGACCCAAGAGGCUAUGGACGUGGGCACCCUCCAUUUCGACCCCUAGGUCCGCCUGGCCCAAGAGAUUAUCCGCCAGCCCCACGGCUACCCCCGCCUGGUUCGAGAGACUAUACGCCCUCUCCUAGCAGGGACUUGCCUCCCUCGGGACCCAGGGACUACCCCGCAGGCCCCCCGCCGCCAGUAGCCCCCAAGGACUACACACAGCCUCCAGCCCAGAAACCCUAA